AGUGAACUUUCUUGUCUUUCAGGAUCCAGAACCCAGCCACGUUUCAGGAAGGAUAUUCAUUUGAUCCACAAGAACUCCAUCCAUCAGCAUUUCCAUCACUCCGGUCACUGUUGCCUUGAAGAUUUAAAAAUUGUUUUCUGUUCUGGUGCCGUUGGGGGGGAAACAAACAGCCGAGACGAAAAUCUCAUCUCCAUCGAAGCAGCUAUGCAGCUUGAAAUUCAAGUAGCACUCAACUUUAUUAUUUCCUAUUUAUACAACAAACUCCCCCGACGACGUGUGAAUAUCUUCGGCGAGGAGCUGGAGAGCCUGCUGAGGAAAAAGUAUGAAGGCCACUGGUACCCGGAUAAGCCAUACAAAGGUUCGGGGUUCCGCUGUAUCCACGUAGGGGAGAAGGUGGACCCUGUGGUGGAGCAGGCUGCUAAAGAGAGCGGGCUGGCCAUCGAAGAUGUCCGCAAUAACCUCCCUCAGGACCUCAGCGUGUGGAUUGACCCGUUCGAGGUCUCCUACCAGAUCGGCGAGAAGGGAGCGGUCAAGGUGCUGUACGUGGAUGAUAACGGAGAGAACGGCUCCGAGCUAGACAAGGAGAUCAAGAACAGUUUUAAUCCCGAGGCCCAGGUCUUUAUGCCAAUCGCAGAACCCGUCGGCCAAUCGUCCGAGUCCAGCUCGCCGUCGCCUCCUUUUGGGCAGUCGGCCGCCGUCAGCCCCUCUUUCAUGCCGCGUUCGGCCCAGCCGCUGACCUUCACCACGGCCACCUUUGCCGCCACCAAGUUUGGCUCCACCAAGAUGAAAAGCUGCGGCCGCGGCAACAACGGCACCAACGGCGGCGGUAGCAACAAACCGGCGCGGUCGUCGCCUAUUGGCAACCUGGGUCUGAAUGUCAACACCCUGCUCAAGCAGAAAGCCAUCUCCACCUCCAUGCACUCACUGUACGGACUGGGCCUCAGUCAGCAACAGCAACAGAAGGCCUCGGCUCUGUCCCCCAACGCCAAGGAGUUUGUGUUUCCCAGUCUCCAGGGCCAGGCCAGCCCCGGGCCAGCGUUUCCCGCCGAGGCCUCCCUGGGACUCGGACCUCUGCCGUACAACAAUGCCUUCGACGUGUUUGCAGCCUACGGAAGCCUCAAUGACAAGUCCCUCGUGGAUGGCCUCAACUUUAGUCUGAGCACCAUGCAGUAUUCUAACCAGCAAUUCCAGCCUGUUAUGGCUAACUAAAACUUACCGAGCAGAUGGUUAUUUAUGAAUGGAGGUGGCUCGGAAAAGAGAGGA